AUGAAGGAUUCGGCUCAAAGCCAGCGCUACAACACGCCCUCAGCAAGGCACGGAUAUCAUGUAGCUAAGGCUCGGUACUGUGCUGUGCGUGUGAGCAGACUCCGCUCCACCGCACACCGGCUUCUUCCCCGGCAGCAGACCCUGCGCUUGCCGUCGGCAACGGCCCUGCGGAGCCGGAGUGAAUCUGCGGGGGCACAGCGACACCUCCUGGCACGGCGAUUAAUGUCCCAGUCCAGUUCAGAAUCUGGCAACAUGGAGACCUAUCAGGAAGGUCAUAAAGUUGCAUACCAGGCGAUCUCAGAUGGUGUGAAAGAAGGUGCCAAGGAGAAGACACUUGCAGCCCAGUUUACUCCCAAGUUCAAGAAUUUUCUUGAGCCAGCUGACGUGGCUGUCAAUGCCCAGUCAGACCUUCGUGAGGAUGAAAAUCAAUCUUUCUGUUUUCCUGCUCUUACCUUUGCAUUUCAAAGGUAUGCACAUCAGGGUUUUUUUCUCUCUUCAAAUGAUUCUGCUGAAUUCAGUUUUGUGAACAAUACUCUGAUGAGGGUGUUUAAAAUGGACGCUAAAGAUACAUUGGGAAGACUAUUCAGUCAAAUUCUUUGGGGAGAGGUUAUUGCUGAGCAAGCCAUAAGGUUCCUCUCCACAAAACAGAAGACCCUGCCUGAGGAGGUAAUGACAAAGGAAGUAGAAGAAUUCAUUUUGAGUAAAUCAAAGAAGGCGCGUGAAGAUGCGAUGGUUGAGGAAUUUGUUCUCUUUAUGAAAAUAUUGUCUGGAUUAAAAAGCUUACAUAAAAUAAGUGGGAGGCUGGAGCUGAUAGCUGAACAAGCUGGCCUGGGGCAAAUGUUCAAUCCAUCUGAUCCAGAUUUUGUGGACAGACUUCUACAGUGUACUCAGCAGGCAGUGCCACUCUUCUCGAAAAAUGUUCAUUCCACAAAAUUUGUUAAUUACUUCUGUGAGCAGCUUCUGCCAAACCUCAGCUCUUUGACUACUCCAAUAGAGGGUCUUGAUAUCCAGUUAGAGCUAAUUUUGAAGCUUCUUGCUGAAAUGAUCAUGGAAAAGCUUGAAUCAAAUUUGAAGAAACUGUUGGAUAAAUUAGUGGUUCCAGUAUAUUGCUCGAAGGUUUCAGGUCUAUAUUUGACAGCUUUGUCUAGCACUGCAAGGCAAAACAGCAGGAAAACUCCUCUCUUCCUCUCCUUGAAGGCAGAGGAGAACAAGAUCGAAGUGGCUGCAUCAAAAAUAACUGAUAACACUAAUGUUCUAAUCAAGUCCUUGUAA